AUGCCAAGCCCAGCACUGCCCAUAGGCAGGGUGAAGGCAGGAGCCGUUUCCAGCAGGAUGGACACCAGGAGGGGCCUCCCGGACAUUGAGAGUCACAGGGACCUCCACAUAUGGAUCAUUGAGAACCUGCAGAUGGUGCCAGUCCCCGAGCUGGCUUACGGGAACUUCUUCGAGAAGCACUGCUAUGUCGUUCUGCACGUCCCCCAGAGCCUGAAGGCCACGCCGGGGGUGCCCAAAGACCUGCACUACUGGGUCGGCAAGAUGGCGGGAGUGGCGGCGCAGGGCGCGCCGGGCUCCUUCAUGCAGCACCUGAAGGAGGCGCUGGGGGGCGCCACCGUGCAGCACCGCGAGGUGCAAGGCCACGAGUCCGCCUGUUUUCGGAGCUACUUCCGCUCGGGAAUCAUCUACAGGAAGGGAGGCCUGGCCUCUGCCCUCAAGCACGUGGAGACCAACGUGUACAACAUCCAGAGACUUCUGCGCAUCCGAGGGGGGAAGCACCUGUCUGCCACCGAGGUGGAGCUCUCCUGGCACAGCUUCAACAAGAGUGACAUCUUCCUGCUGGACCUGGGGAGGAUAAUGAUCCAGUGGAAUGGGCCCAAGGCCAGUGCGGCCAGGAAGGCGCAGGGCCUGUUCCUGACCCACAGCCUCCGGGACAGGGAGCGUGGUGGUCGUGCACAGGUCAGCGUGGUGGAUGAUGAGGCUGAAGCCACUGACCUCAUGGAGAUCAUGGAAGCUGUGCUGGGCCGCAGAGUGGGCAACCUGCAUGACGCGAUGCCCAGCAAGAGGAUGAAUCAGCUGCAAAAGGCCAAUGUCCACCUCUACCAAGUCUGCCAGAAGAGCAAGGAUCUGGUGGUCCAAGAGUUGUCAACCUGCCCAUUGGCCCAAGAUCUACUUCAGGAGGAGAACUGCUACCUCCUGGAUCAGGGUGGCUUCAAGAUCUACGUGUGGCGGGGACGCCUGGCCAGCCUCCAGGAGAGAGGGGCUGCCUUCAAGAGGGCUCUGAGCUUCAUCCAGGCCAAGGGCUACCCGAGCCACACCAGCGUGGAGGUGAUGGACGACGGCGCUGAGUCGGCCGGGUUCAAGCAGCUCUUCCGAUCGUGGUCUGGGCCUCAGCGCAAGAACAGGAACCUUAGUGGGAUGGGUAAACUGCUGCAGGUGAAGCUAGACGUGGGCAAGCUGCACAGCCAGCCUGAGCUAGCCGCCCAGCUCAGGAUGGUGGACGACGCUUCUGGGAGCGUGCAGAUGUGGCGCAUCCAGGACUCAUGCAGGCAGCCCGUGGACCGCAAGCAUCAUGGACAGCUGUGCGCUGACGGCUGCUACCUUGUCCUGUAUACCUACCAGAAGAUGGGCCUUGGCCAGCACGUCCUGUACCUGUGGCAGGGCCUCCAGGCCACGGCGCACGAGAUCAGGGCCCUGAGGGGCAAUGCCGAGGAGCUGGGCCUGCGGUGCCGUGGGGCCCUGGUGCAGGAGCACGUGACCAUGGGCAGUGAGCCCCCCCACUUCCUCGCCAUCUUCCAGGGCCGGCUCGUGAUCUUCCAGGGGCACCGCGGGCACAGCAGGAAGGGGCAGCUGGCACCCUCCGUGAGCCUCUUCCACAUCCAAGGCACCAACAGCUACAACGCCCGGACCCUGGAGGUGCCAGCCCGUGCCUCAGCCCUCAACUCCAACGACGUCUUCCUGCUGGUGACAGCCAACCUCUGCUACCUCUGGUUUGGAAAGGGCUGCAGCGGUGACCAGCGUGAGACGGCGCGGGCCCUGGUCACCACCAUCUCCAGGGAAGACACGGAAAUGGUGCUGGAGGGUCAGGAGCCUCCCGCCUUCUGGGAGGCUCUGGGGGGCCGGGCGCCCUACCCCAGGAGCAGGAGGCCCCCCGAGGAUGUGUCCGACUUUCAGCCACGACUGUUUGAGUGCUCCUGCCAGAUGGGCCCCCUGGUCCUCACAGAAGUAGUGUUCUUCAGCCAAGAGGACCUGGACAAGUAUGACGUCAUGCUGCUGGACGCCUGGCAGGAGAUCUUCCUGUGGUUGGGGGCAGCUGCCAGUGAGUGGAAGCAGGAGGCUGUGGCCUGGGGCCAGGAGUAUCUGAAGACCCACCCGGCAGGGAGGAGCCUGGCCACACCCAUCGUAUUGGUCAAGCAGGGCCAAGAGCCUCCCACCUUCACUGGAUGGUUCUGCACCUGGGACCCCUACAAAUGGAGUUACACCCAGUCCUACGAAGAGGUGUUGGAGGGUGACCUGGGAGCAGUUUCUACCAUCUCUGAGAUAACAGCCGAGAUCGUCAACUUGCGGCUGUCCAGAUGGCCAGGCAAUGACAGGGCAGGCCUGUUGGCCCUGCGGGCCCUCAAGAGCUGCGAGGACAGCUCCGAGAGCGAGCUGGAGCUGGGCCCCCGAGCGGGCCCCGGCAGCCGGAGCACCGUCAGCAGCGCCAGCAGCAGCAGCUACCAGAGCAGCCCCCGAUCCCUGGGCAGCGGGGGCCUGCCCCGGGAACAGCUGAUGCACCAGGCUGCCAAGGACCUGCCGGAGGGCGUGGACCCGGCCCACAAGGAGGCCUAUCUCUCAGACUCUGAUUUCCAAGAUAUCUUUGGGAAGUCCAAGGAGGAGUUCUACAGCAUGGCCAAGUGGAGGCAGCAGGAGGAGAAGAAGCAGCUCGGCUUCUUCUGA